UAUACGUCCUGUUUUCUAAACGCAUAGAAUACACUGCUAGUUUAAAAGCUUUCUUUAGCUGUUCACUACGAAGUUUAAAAUGUCUAGAAUACAACUCUUAAGGUCGUUUUUCAACCAGAGAUUAGCAGCUGCUGCCGAAGAGAUAUUCGGGGUCGUGGAAAAAACGAUAGCACAGUAUCAGGACGAAAUGUCCCGCUCGGAAGAGAAGAACAGCCGGCUACAGAAGCUGCUUGAUAUCACUAUUAAACCAGAAAUAAAGUUGUUUAGAGCAGACACCCAGCAGCUCCCAGCCUGUGAAGAACAGGUUCCCUCUGAGCAGCAGGAGUGGAUCCGCAGUCUGGGCCAGGAGGAUCCACAGUCUGGGCCAGGAGGAUCCACAGUCUGGGCCAGGAGGAUCCACAGUCUGGGCCAGGAGGAUCCACAGCCCGUCCACAUUAAAGAGGAACAGCAGGAACUCUGGACCAGUCUGGGGAAAGGUCAGGAGUCUGACACCACAGAGUUCAUAUUCACUUCUGCUUGUGUGCAAAGUGACUGUAAUCAGGACCGACCUCAGCCCUCACAUCUCUACCAGACACAGAGUACCAGCAUCUCGUAUGAACCGUUGAAAAGAGAAACUAGAGAAGACCAUCAACUAUUAGAGACACCCAGGGCUUCUCAGCCCGUCUCUGCAGUGAAGUCCAUCCGUCCUAGUUCUCCCUCUAAGAGUCGCUGUAAGGUGUGUGGGAAAACGUUUCUCAUGAAAAGCUAUUUCUUUAAACAUGUGACAAUGCACACCAAGAUGAGAGAACGUGUCUGUGGGGUGUGUGGAAAACAGGUUGAGUUAGAGGCUAUAAAAGAUCACGUCCAAGCUCACAUUGAUGCUCAGUUUACUUGUCAGUUCUGCAGUAAAUGUUUCACUAAGAGUAAUGCUCUGAGGUUACACAUGAGGAGCCACACAGGAGAGAAGCCCUACCAGUGUACUGUCUGCUGCAGAGGGUUCGCAGGAGCAACCAAUCUAACCAAUCACAUGAGGAUCCACACGGGGUAUAAACCCCACCGCUGUACUGAGUGCGGAAGGUGUUUCUCUGUCCUGGGUCAUCUCCAGACACACAUGAGGAGCCACACGGGGGAGAAGCCCUACCACUGUACUGUCUGCGGUAAAGGGUUUAGUGUGAGCUGCAACCUGACGCAGCACAUGAUGAUCCACACAGGGGAGAGACCUUACCACUGUCCUGACUGUCAGAAAGGAUUCAUCACCAUGGUCAGGCUGAGGAGACAUCAGAUCGCUGUUCACAUGCAGGGAGAAAUGUUCUUCUGUCAUGAGCAACAGCUAUAAAAACAUGCAGGCCUUGAAACACACAGUAGAGUACACAGAGAGACAGAGAUGACAUGACGAGCCCUGACGUAAGACACACACAGAGAGACAGCGAUGACAUGACGAGCCCUGACGUAAGACACACAGAGAGAGAGACAGCGAUGACAUGACGAGCCCUGACAUAAGACACACACAGAGAGAGACAGCGAUGACAUGACGAGCCCUGACGUAAGACACACACAGACAGCGAUGACAUGACGAGCCCUGACGUAAGACACACACAGAGAGAGACAGCGAUGACAUGACGAGCCCUGACGUAAGACACACACAGAGAGACAGAGAUGACAUGACGAGCCCUGACGUAAGACACACACAGAGAGACAGCGAUGACAUGACGAGCCCUGACGUAAGACACACACAGAGAGACAGAGAUGACAUGACGAGCCCUGACGUAAGACACACACAGAGAGACAGAGAUGACAUGAUGAGCCCUGACGUAAGACACACACAGAGAGACAGCGAUGACAUGACGAGCCCUGACGUAAGACACACACAGAGAGACAGCGAUGACAUGACGAGCCCUGACGUAAGACACACACAGAGAGAAAGAGAUGACAUGACGAGCCCUGACGUAAGACACACACAGAGAGACAGAGAUGACAUGACGAGCCCUGACGUAAGACAGACAGAGAGACAGCGAUGACAUGACGAGCCCUGACGUAAGACACACACAGAGAGACAGAGAUGACAUGACGAGCCCUGACGUAAGACACACACAGAGAGACAGCGAUGACAUGACGAGCCCUGACGUAAGACACACACAGAGAGACAGCGAUGACAUGACGAGCCCCGAUGUAAGACACACACAGAGAGAGACAG